AACGUAAACUGGAUAAGCCGGAUUGUGUGGAAUGAUGGCAAAUGCAUCAAAGUAGAGUCUGGCGGGAGUGUUACAAUGGCGGCUUGCGCUUAGGGUGAAUCGAGCGGGAUCUCCAUAACCAUAAUUCUCCUUUAGGCGAAGCGGUCAUCUGCAAUUGCAUGGCUUCAUCCCUUCAACUCCAAUUCCGUCUUCCUCCUUCAACCACUCCAGCUCUUCUGCGUCACCGCCCUAUUCAAUGCGCUACCGACCGCCAGGCAUUGUUCGACCGUAUUGCGCCUGUCUAUGAUAACUUGAAUGAUUUGCUCAGUUUGGGUCAGCAUCGUAUUUGGAAACGGAUGGCCGUCUCCUGGAGCGGUGCAAAGGCAGGAGAUUGCGUCUUGGAUAUAUGCUGCGGAAGCGGCGAUUUGGCGUUCCUCUUAUCUCAGAAAGUUGGAUCCAAUGGCAAGGUGACGGGUCUUGAUUUCUCACGGCAGCAGCUAAGUAUUGCUUCUUCUCGCCAAACUUCUCUCUCCAGACCCUGCUAUAAGAACAUUGAGUGGGUGGAGGGUGAUGCUCUCAAUUUGCCAUUUUCUGACGGCUCUGUCGAUGCCAUUACGAUGGGGUACGGUCUACGAAAUGUGCUAGAUAAACGGAAAGCUUUGGAGGAGAUGCUUAGAGUAUUGAAAGAAGGUAGUAAGCUAUCAAUUCUCGACUUCAACAAGGCUACGCAACCGACUACUGCUGCUAUUCAGGAAUGGAUGAUCAACAACAUCGUUGUCCCAAUGGCAUCUGGUUAUGGGCUUGCUGAGGAUUAUAAAUAUCUUUCUAAAUCCAUCAGUGAAUUUUCAACAGGAAAGGAAUUGGAAAAGCUUGCUUUAGAGGUAGGGUUCUCUACCUCUAUACAUUAUGAAAUUAGUGGAGGCCUGAUGGGAAAUUUGGUGGCAUCUCGUUAGAUGGGAUUCAUGUUUUGCCUUGGUUCAAAGCUCUGGAACUUGACUAUUGUGAGAAUAUGGUGUUUUGGCUUCAUGUCUUUGAUGCAUUAAGUUCUGUGGCAUUCUCAACGAACCUCUGUUUCAUAGAGAGCUUUACCAAAAAUGAAGCGAUCGAGACUCUUGUUUGGUAGGAAUUCAUAAACAAGUAGGCUUUCAGAAAUCUGCUGCUCUAUGUCUGUUAUCAAAGAAGAAUCUCUUAACAGCAAUCUCUCUUCCAUCAGAUAUAAGCACCAAUUGCUCCUCCGAUUAUCAAAACAACAACAGAACUCAGGACCGAAACUAUCAAUUCGGUUCUUGUGGCACCUGCAGA